GGCUUGACGCGAUGACUGCGUCUUAUGUGACCAGGGUCUCCUCUCUCCAGUUACUUGUCCGACCCUCGCAGUCAGAUCUCCCCGGUGCAGAAAUCCAUGUUUGACAAUGUUCCCGUCACAUUAUGCCCUAUCCCUCAGCGAGCCCAACAUGCCAGAUGAAGCGACGUGCUCAUUCUCCUUUGGUAGACGCUGCAACAUAUUCUAGGAAUCCCCACGCACAAGCAGAAAAUAGCUGCGAAAUCGUUCCAGCCGUCGGGAAGUCGUCAGCGUCCCCCGCCAAAACAGGCCCCUUCCUCCUUCAGCAGGCCCGAUCAUCCCGACGCAUUUCUCCGGUCGAUUUUCUUCCGUCGUGCUCCCGUACCCUCAAUGUCCUCGCAUCGUAGCAACAGCGCACUUCGCUUGCGUCCCAGCGGCGGGGAUGGCACGCCGCGCUCAGGCCCUAUCCCGCUCGCGGGUGCAACGAAAACAUCACGAAGCAAGAGCCAUAUGCCUCAACGGUCCGCAUCACUACCCACCGUGAGCACAGAUGGAGAGGAAGAUGACAAGUAUUUCGACGCGUCAUCACUCGCCUCUUCCCGUCGACCGUUGCUCGCGAAUCGCACUCCGGGGUCAACCGUGCGAUCGACCGUGUCGAAAGGGCGUCCUGGAGCACACCGGCACAGAACAGACCCACUUCCGCUUUCCUCUCUUUUCUCACCUCUUGGUGCCCAAGAUGUCGCAGAGGCCGACGAGUCCCUCCCUACAAGCGUAACAGUAGAGAGCCUGCGAGCGCAGAAGAGCAUCCCAGACAGCGGACGGGCGGGAGGCUCUGGCAGCACAGUCUCGACUCUCCCCCGCGCGGUGGUCGUGUCCGGUCUAGAGCACGCGUCCGCGCCGUCGCAGCGUGCGCUAAUGCAGGUGCUCGCAGAAAGGAGGGUAGUCUUAGGCAGGUUGGAGAAUAGCGACACGGAUCUCUCAGGAGAAGAUGCCGACGUGGAGGAAGGCACAUGGAACUUGCCCGACGGGUUCUUGUUGGUCUACGUUUGCAAGUGGGAUCCCCACGAGCGGCCUCCGAUCUUGGGUGGUCUGGUCGACAAAUUCUCUAUGAGCGCGGAUGUCUCGUUGCCACCGUCCGUACGGCAAAGCUACCUUGCCUACAGGGCUGCUCACACUCCGACCCCUCGCGGCACGCCGAUCCCAUCGCCUUCAACCCUCCCACACACCGCCCAUCCUUAUUUCGCCUCACCAACCCCAGUGCACCCUUCUCCCGCACGACGGCCUGCACCGCUACCCGCGCCGACCCCUCAAGCUCCGCCAGUCCUCCAAGCGCCUGAACUUGCCCACUUGCGUAUGCUAGCCCGGCCGUAUCCGACAGCUGCCCCAAUAUUCUAUCCUUCCGUGAAUGCGACACACGAGUACCCUUCUGUGCACCCUACCGCGCCUGAGCCUUUCCCAUACGCGGCGCUUCAUCCGUCGCUCGAGCAGUACCUCCUCGACCUCUUCGCCGCGACGCGGCACCAUCCCGCGCUCGAUGGCACGCUGCUGACGAUGCGCGCUCACGCAGACGCGGAGGCGCUCGCGCGUGCGUUCCGGGUUCUCAACGGGGACACGAUUGGGGCCGCGCUCGUCGAGCACGAGGCGCGGAUCGGGGGCCAUCCACGUGGCCAUAGUCAUGACCACGACACGGCAGGGAGCUGGCGGAGCGCGUCUGCAGCAUGGAGGAGCGCGGAGAGCGUUGCCGGGAAGGGCAAAGGCUCAGAGGAGUACAGCAUAGGGGGCGUGAGGCUCCGCGUUGAGGCCGAGGACAUGGAGGGCUCGGGCCCGCUGGGGAUGUACGACGCGCUCCUCGCGCAGGUUAUGCCCGAGCUCACGCCUGCGGACGCACAGACAGAGGCGAUGAAGCGGUCGUGGCCGGAGAUAUGGGAUGUGUCGGAGGAGGAUGUGGCGAGGAUAUUCCCGAGGGUGGUCUCGCAUCGGCUACGCGUACGUGACGGGCCCGACGACGAAGUACUUGGGAGCGUCAUGUUCCCGGCUGUGCCUCCCGGGAUGGGGGCUGCCGGAUCAGAUGUUGGGAAAGGGGCGAAGCUGGGGUGGGAGAGGAAGAGCGUGAAGGAGAUUCUGGUGAGGAUACUAGCCGACGUGUAGAGGAGUGUGAUACCCCGCAACGCUGUACACGAGUUUGCUAUGCUUCAUGAGCCUCGCUCGA